UGUUUGAUGAUCCGAGCCCUCGUUUGACACGUGGCCAAAGUCUAGAUAGCAAACGGCCACUUUGAUUCUGGAGUCAACAAAGGACCGUGAAUUAUUUUUUGCUGAUUCCAUUGCUGUCCAGCCAUGUUUCGGAGGCAGGUUCGAUCUGUGCUUUGCGCUGUGCUCAUUGCAGCUGGUUGUUUUUCGAGCUUGCACCUUGCACCAGCGUUCUGCAGAACACCUUGGGUUGCAAGGGACGCCCGUGUCUGGCGACGCAGCACGAGCCGAACAGGGAUUGUCAAAUUGCCGCGGCAUCCGCGCAAUGAGAAAACAAAUCAGUUGAUAGUUGCAGCAGAGGAUUUGGCGAAUCAGAUUCUUUCCAACCUGUCUACUUUGCCUGAAGAUAGCACGAUCUCUGAAAGCCAUGUGCAUGUGGAAGACCGCGUGUAUGCAAACUCGUACGUGAAUCUGGGAUACGCCAAGGUGGUAGGGUUUGACUACGAUUACACCUUAGUAAGCUACAAACCUGCAAUCCUGCAUUUGAUUUACGAGCUUGCCAAAGCGAAGUUGGUGGAAGGACUCGGGUACCCCAAGGAGAUGAUUAACGAUCUGCCAGGCUAUGACCCAAGGUUUGCGAUUCGAGGCCUAGCAGUGGAUCUGGAAAAGGCCUGGAUUUGCAUGCUCACACUGCGAUAUCGGGUAUCCAUUGCAUUCUUUGGACGUGAGCGGGUGGAUCCGCAAAUUGUUGCCCGCACGUAUCGAAGUGAAACUGGGUCGGGCAUUCUUCCACCAGAGCAACGCAAGAGACGGCUGAAGCCUUUAAAUGAUUUGUUCAGUACGGCAGAAGCAUGCCUCUUGGCAGAUGUUGUUCAGUGGUUCCGCGAUCGUAAGGUUCCUUUUGACCCCCGCAGUGUGGUGACAGAUGUGCUGGAGGCGAUUACUCAGGCCCACAUCUCGGGGAUUUUGCAUAAGACAGUUUGUGCAGAUUUGGGGACGUACGUUGAACCAGAUGACGGGCAGCUUCGGCAGCUGCUCGACAAUUUUCGGAAUGCUGGGAAGAAGCUGAUGCUGGUUUCCAAUUCACCCUUCUGGUUUGUGGACGCCGGCAUGAAGUACGUUUGUGGGGAGGCUUGGCGUGAGCUGUUCGACGUGGUGGUGGUUUCUGCAGGCAAGCCAGGAUUUUACACUGGGAAUCGGCCAUUCCGGGAAGUCUCAAGGAAAAAUGGCCGGAUCAAGUUCAAGCCAAUCACGUUCCUGAGUCCUGACGAGGUGUAUUGUCAGGGCUCUAUAGGCGAGCUAGUUCGCUUGAUGGGUUGGUCAUGUACAUCUCAAGAGGAUGGCUCGAUCGACGGCUCCAACAUCAUUUACGUGGGCGACUCACUCUUUGCGGAUUUGGUGGAUGCCCGGCGCUUGUACGGGUGGACCACAGGUGCCAUCAUCCGAGAGGUGAACCAUGAGACACAAGUGCAAGCCAGCCCAGAGUGGCAGAAGAGCUGGAAAGUUCUGCAAGUGCUCACGUUGUGUGCUCGCAAGUGCCAGGAGACCUAUGCUGCCAAUAAUUCCUAUUCCUUGGAGGACCAGAAAGUGUUGGAUGAGCUGGAGUCUCUGGCGGCGAGGUGGCGCAGCAGGUUGGAUGCGCUCAUGAACCCCAACUUUGGGUCCAUCUUCCGGACCAGCCGGGACAACGGGCAGACGGCCCAGAGCUCCUUGUUCGCCCGGUGCCUGCAGCGGCACGUGGACUUCUACACCUCGAAGGUGGAGAACCUGCGGCUCUACUCCACGGAGCACCGCUUCUACCCGGCGGACUACUCCAUUGGGGUCUUGCACGAGGUGCUCCACCUUACCGACCCCAUCUCGGAUGCCCUGGAGGGAAAACCCGUGAAGAGCCCGGAUUCUUGACUGGACGCCCGGCCAAAAGGCGCUUUUGGGCGGCUGAGUCGUGCUCGCAUGUUCAUUUGCGGGCGGG